UACGAAAGAACCUUUGCCCGAGCGUUGGCACGCGCGAGGCGUGUAGGAGUUGCUAGCGAUUGAGGAACGGAAAACGCAAACGCUAUGUUUGGUGUACGAAAUAGAAGAGAACGGAAAUUAAUUUUCUCCAGUUCCUUUCCUUUCUAGACAAAGGAAAUGGAUUUUUCUUUUCUUUGUUUCAUUUUCUCCCGGCUUCCCUCCAACCAAACAAAGCUGAAGUAAGAGUCAGAUUUGAGAGAAAUAGGAAACCUAAACAGAGGAAAUUGUGAAAAUUGGGGUUCUGGUUUCAUUGUCCACUCGCUCACAUCCGCCGCGUGUGCUUUCUUUACACUCUCUCGGAUCGAAAACAAGUUUUUAUACUUAAAUCUUUUCUUCUCUUCUCCUUCUUCACUGGCGGCGUACAGAGGAAUACGAUAUAUAACUGCAUUUCACUUGUCCCUACCAAAUCACUUGAUGCAGGAGAUAGCAUUGAAACUGCCUAUAUGUAAAUAGAAAAGCGAUUUUCAUAGAAUUGUUUUCUCAGGCUUUCUUAUAGUGGCGUUCAGUAAAAGGUAAAAUUAUCACAAUGGACAUUGAUCUUAGGUUGCCUUCUGGUGAACAUGAUAAAGAUAAUGAAGAACCAAAUGGCAUUGACAACAUGCUGAAUGAAGACAAGCUCCAUAAUGGAGAUAUAGGGACUGGAAAUAUUGUUGAUGUUGCUGAAGAGGUUCAUACCAUGGAUGGUGGGGGCAUGAGUUCACCAAUGGCAGAAUUCAAAGAAGAAACAAAUCUUGAACCACUUUCUGGUAUGGAAUUUGAAUCACAUGGGGCAGCAUAUUCAUUUUAUCAAGAAUAUGCUCGAUCUAUGGGAUUCAACACAGCAAUACAAAACAGCCGCCGUUCAAAAACAUCAAGGGAAUUCAUUGAUGCGAAGUUUGCUUGUUCUAGGUACGGAACCAAGCGAGAGUAUGACAAGUCCUUUAACCGGCCACGUGCCAGACAAAAUAAGCAAGACCCUGAAAAUGGAACUGGUCGCCGAUCAUGUUCAAAGACAGACUGCAAAGCAAGCAUGCAUGUUAAGAGAAGGCCAGAUGGAAAGUGGGUUAUUCAUAGUUUUGUGAAGGAGCACAAUCAUGAGCUCUUACCUGCCCAAGCUGUGAGUGAACAAACGAGAAAGAUGUAUGCUGCAAUGGCUAGACAGUUUGCUGAAUAUAAAAAUGUUGUUGGCCUCAAGAAUGAUUCAAAAAAUCCAUUUGAGAAAGGUCGAAAUUUGGCACUAGAAGCUGCAGAUGCCAAAAUUUUGCUUGAGUUUUUCAUACAUAUGCAGACUUUAAAUUCCAACUUCUUUUAUGCAAUAGAGCUGGGUGAAGAUCAACGUCUGAAGAAUUUGUUUUGGGUGGAUGCCAAAAGUAGGCACGACUAUGUUAAUUUCUAUGAUGUUGUCUCUUUCGAUGCUACCUAUAUUAGGAACAAGUAUAAGAUGCCUCUUGCACUUUUUGUUGGAGUGAACCAACACUAUCAAUUCAUGUUGCUUGGAUGUGCCCUGCUAUCAGAUGAAAGUGCAACAACUUAUUCUUGGCUAAUGCAGACUUGGCUGAGAGCAAUGGGCGGGCAACCCCCCAAAGUUAUAGUUACAGAACAAGAUAAAAUACUAAAAUCUGUUAUUCCGGAGGUCUUUCCAAAUGCUCAUCAUCAUUUCUUUCUGUGGAGCAUCUUCGGGAAGGUUUCUGAAAAUUUGAGCCAAGUGAUUAAACAGCAUGAGAAUUUUAUGGCAAAAUUUGAAAAAUGUAUCUUUAGAUCAUGGACAGAUGAUGAGUUUAUGAAAAGAUGGUUGAAAAUUCUUGAUAGAUUUGAUCUCAGAGAGAAUGAAUUGAUGCAAUCACUGUAUGAAGAUCGUGAUCUCUGGGUACCAGUCUACAUGAGGGAUGCUAUUUUGGCUGGGAUGUCAACUACUUUGCGAUCUGAGAGUCUAAACUCCUAUUUUGAUAAGUAUGUCCAUAAGAAGACCACUGUGCAAGAGUUUGUGAAACAGUAUGAAGCAAUUCUACAAGACAGGUAUGAAGAGGAAGCAAAAGCAGACUCUGAUACGUGGAACAAACAACCUACAUUAAAAUCUCCCUCGCCUUUGGAAAAGAAUGUUUCAGGGGUGUACACACAUGCAGUAUUCAAGAAAUUUCAAGUUGAGGUCUUAGGUGUAGUUGCUUGCCACCCUAAAAUGGAAAGCCAAGAUGAGACUAGUGAUAGUUUUAGAGUUCAAGACUUGGAAAAGCAGCAGGAUUUCACUGUUGUGUGGAAUCAAAUAAGGUCAGAAGUUACUUGUAUAUGCCGAUUAUAUGAGUACAAGGGUUAUCUCUGUAGACAUGCUCUCGUUGUUCUUCAGAUGUGUCAACAGUCUGCUAUUCCAACGCAGUAUGUUCUGAAAAGGUGGACGAAAGAUGUGAAGAACAGACAUUUUUUGGGGGAAGAAUCUGAGCAGGUACAAUCUAGGGUGCAAAGGUACAAUGACUUGUCUCAACGGGCACUGAAACUGAGCGAAGAGGGAUCAUUGUCUGAAGAGAGUUACAAUAUUGCAUUUCGUGCUCUUGAAGAAGCUUUUGGAAAUUGUAUCAGUGCAAAUAAUUCUAGCAAGACUCUUGCAGAGGCUGGUACUCAUGGUUUGCUCUGCAUUGAAGAGGAUAAUCAGAGUAGGAGUAUGAACAAGACAAAUAAGAAAAAAAACCCGACAAAGAAAAGAAAGGUGAAUGCUGAGCAGGAGGCUACAGCAGUUGGGGCAGAAGACAGCUUGCAACAAAUGGAUAAAUUAAGCUCAAGAGCAGUAACCCUAGACAGCUAUUAUGGAGCACAACAAAGUGUGCCAGGGAUGGUGCAACUGAACUUAAUGGCACCAACACGAGAUAAUUACUAUGGGAAUCAACAAGCAAUCCAGGGGCUGGGACAGUUGAACUCGAUAGCACCAAGCCAUGAUGGUUACUACAAUGCCCAACAAAGCAUGCAUGGACUGGGGCAAAUGGAUUUCUUCCGUACACCAACUGGCUUUGCUUACGGCGUUCGUGAUGACCCCAAUGUGAGAACAGCACAGCUGCAUGAUAAUGCAUCCAGACAUGCAUGAAGAGAACCUUUCUCAUCACGAAGGUGGGGAGGAAAGAACAUUUUAUUUUUGUUGUGUUAGCAGAGAAUUACAGGAGCUGGAAUAUCUGUAAAGAAUGAAAUGUAUCAUGCAUUGUCGAUGACAGGAUUAGAUGAUGAAAAAUCCUCCUUAGUGUCUGUAAUAUAAAAUAGCAUAGGACAUUUUCACCAGUUGAAACAGAUCAAGUGGGGAUGAAAUUGAAAUCCCUUUUGUAAAGCUUGUUGUUGUACCAGAGAGAUUGUCUUAGAUGAACUGGGUCAGUUGAUUUUAGUAAAAAGCUUGUUAAUUCUAA